AUGACUAUUGUAAUGGAUGAGGCCGGCAUGGAGGUCCCCAGUCCUCAGCUGUCUCAGACCUGUGAACUAUCUCUACCCUGCUGUGCAGAUGGGGGAUCACUGUCAAGCACCAAGGUCCCUCAAGUCAGUGGGGUCAGAGUUCAGCUGGAGAUGCAUGCACUUUGGCAGCAGUUUGACCAGCUUGGCACAGAGAUGAUUGUUACCAAAGCUGGAAGAAGGAUGUUUCCAACAUUCCAGGUGCGAAUCUCCGGGAUGGAUCCUGCUGCUGAAUAUGUCUUGCUUAUGGACUUCAUCCCUGUUGACGAUAAAAGAUACAGAUAUGCUUUCCACAGCUCAUCCUGGUUGGUGGCAGGGCGAGCGGAUGUUGCAGCCCCAAGCAGGAUGCAUUUCCACCCAGACUCACCCGCCCGUGGAGCCCAGUGGAUGAAGCAGACUGUGUCCUUUGAUACUCUCAAGCUCACCAACAACUUGCUGGAUGACAAUGGACAUAUGAUAUUAAACUCCAUGCAUCGCUACCAGCCGCGCUUCCAUGUGGUGUAUGUAGAUCCAGCGCCUAACAGCCACUUAAAUGCAUACAGAAACUUCUGCUCUUUCUCCUUCCCAGAGACACGCUUCAUGGCUGUCACCGCCUAUCAGAACCACCGGAUCACUCAGCUAAAAAUUGCUAGCAACCCGUUUGCUAAAGGCUUCAGGACUACAGACCCCCAGGACUGGGUGGGUAAUUCCAGGCCCCUGGCAGUGUGGUGUCCACAAGAGGGCAGAACAGAGCCCCUCACCACCAACCUCGAGGAGCAGAGAAGCUGGGGCUCAAAGACUUCAACCAUACAGGAGGACCCUGCCCUUUUGCUUGUGGAGCAGUGUGGACUGUUCCACCAUUGUAAAGACACUGUGGGACUCACCGUGGAGAAGAGACAUGGGGACAGUUUAUUAGCACCUGCUUCCUUCUUUCCUCCCCCUUCCUACUGGGACUGUGCAGGAUCAUCUCAAGACAGAGACAACCUGCCAUAGGGAAAAAGAAGCAAAGUCACAGACCUAUGUUUGACCUCAUUUAAUAUCAUGUGGCUUUUGCGUUUAUAAUAACUGUACAUAGUUUGUGAUAUUCCUCACGAAAUUAAUUUAUAAGGAUCCUAUACAACUGUUCCAUCAAGACCAUAAUGUCUAUGGCAAUAUUAUAGAUGUACUGCAGUGAACCCUAUAAAUAAUACCGGAGCAUACAAUAAGAGUACUACAGUGACAGUAGUGAAGUACUAUACAUUACAGCAACGAUAAAGUGGUAUAGAAAAAACUCAAACAUAGAGAAAAACAUAAAAUACUAGUAGUCCCUACAAACUGUCAGCUGACUACAAGAAAC